AUGCGCCUCCCACGCCCCGCGCCCUUCGUUUGCCGCGCAUGCACCCGCUCUCUCCGCGCGACGAGCAGCCCCAGUGCGCACCUGGCUCGCGACUUUCUCAACGCUAGGACUUACGCCACUGCCCGCGAUGGCCGGCCCCUCCGCCUCGCCGUCAUCGGCUCCGGGCCUGCAGGCUUCUACUCGGCCUACCGCGUGAUGUCCAGGGUGCCGGAUGCCGUCGUCGAUAUGUACGAGCGUCAGCCUGUCCCCUAUGGCUUGGUCCGCUUUGGUGUCGCUCCAGACCACCCGGAGGUCAAGAAAUGCCAGGAGAAGUUCGAGGAAGUCGCUGCGUCGCCGCGCUUCAACUUCAUCGGAAACGUCCAGAUUGGCCACCACCUGCCGCUCACUCGCUUGACCCAGCAUUACGAUGCCAUUCUGUUCUCAUACGGCGCCUCGAUGGACAAGGAAUUGGGCAUCUCAGGCGAAGAUCUGGAAGGCGUAUACUCUGCUCGCGCGUUUGUAGGCUGGUACAACGGGCUGCCGGAAUAUUCCAACUUGGACCCAGUGCUAGACAUGGGCAAGGACGCCGUCGUCGUCGGCCAAGGAAACGUCGCUCUCGACGUUGCACGAAUACUGCUGAGCAACGUGGAUGAAUUGAGGAAGACGGACAUCGCCGAGCACGCUUUGGAGAAGCUCUCCCGCAGCAAGAUAGAUUCCGUUCGCAUCGUCGGCCGCAGAGGACCCAUGCAGGCUGCCUUCACCAUCAAAGAAAUCCGGGAGCUCUUCAACCUCCCCAAUGUCUUCUUCAAGCCCAUCCCCUCGGAUGCAUUCCCGCCCGCAGACUACAAGCUCAACCGUCAGAUGAAGCGCCUCACGAAGAUCCUCCAAGAAGGCUCCCCCAACGGGGCCCCUCCCCCAGACCUCUCCCCCGCCCAGAAGCAAUGGUCCCUCGACUUCAACCUCUCGCCCACCUCGUUCAACGCCGGCACCGCCUCCGCCUCCGCCUCGGCCCCCCGCAUCGCCAGCGCCACCUUCCAACACACGGCCUUCAUCCCCGACAGCGACCCCUUCGACCGGGCCGCCCGCGUCGUGUCGUCCGACCGAACCACCACCUUCCCCGCCGCCAUCGCCUUCCGCUCCGUCGGCUACAAGUCGGAGCCGCUCCCCGAAUUCCGCACGCUCGGCAUCCCCUUCGACUACUACAACGGCAUCAUCCCGCACGACCGGCUCGGCCGCAUCGCCGCCGAGGGCGGGCACCUCGCCGGCAUGUACGUCGCGGGCUGGGUCAAGCGCGGGCCGACGGGCGUCAUCGCCAGCACGAUGGAAGACGCGUUCGUGACGGCGGACUCGAUCGUGGACGAUUGGAAGCGGGGGGCGAUGUUUUUGGAGGGCGAUGCGCGAGGGUGGGAGGUGUUGAAGGGGGAGGUGGUGGCUGGGGCGAGGCCGGUGAGCUGGGAGGAUUGGAGGAGGAUCGAUGGGGUGGAGAGGGAGAGGGGGAGGGAACGCGGGAAGGAGAGGGUGAAGUUUGUGACGAGGGAGGAUAUGUUGAGGGUGCUUGAUGGGUAG